CGUAACGAAAGAGGGUAGAUAUACCUCUUCAGACGUCAGCCACGACGUCGUACGGACGCAUUUCGUCUUGUUUGUAACAAAAGCGCACUUAAUCGGUCGACUUAAACCAACACCUUUGGCCAUCUUGCCCGAUGUACGGUGUUGCUCUCGCUGCUUGGGGAAGAUGGAGUCUGUCAUUUCUGUUGCUCUUCAUUGUAGCAGCUCCAGUCAGCUCUUCUGCUGAUGUGUAUACCAACAGCUUUUUGGUACGUUUGAAACGUUCGGUAGACAACAACGUGGCCGAUCGAGUAGCAAGGAGAAAUGGUUUUGCCAAUUUAGGACCGAUUUUAGAUUCGGAUAAAGAGUUUUACUUUGUUCACAAAGCUGUUCCACAUGCUCGUAGAAAGCGUAGCACGGCCCACACUAGAAAGUUAAAAUCGGAUCCUUUGGUGGAACUAGCACUUCAACAAAGAGGUUUUAAAAGAGUUAAAAGAGGAUAUAAGCAGUUAAGAUUAGGUGUCGAGAACAGGAAAUUGUCACAGGAACCUACAGAUCCUUAUUUUCCUUAUCAAUGGUAUUUGAAAAAUGUCGGACAAAAUGGAGGUAAACCUAAAUUAGAUCUGAAUGUGGAAGCUGCUUGGGCUCAAGGAUACACAGGGAAAAAUGUCACAACAGCUAUUAUGGAUGACGGUGUCGAUUAUAUGCAUCCCGAUUUAAGAGAAAAUUACAAUGCCAAAGCUAGUUACGAUUUUAGUAGCAAUGAUCCUUUUCCAUAUCCCAGAUAUACCGACGAUUGGUUUAAUAGUCACGGUACCAGAUGUGCGGGUGAAGUGGCAGCUCGAAAAAAUAAUGACGUUUGCGGAGUUGGUGUUGCUUACGAUUCUAAAGUUGCCGGUAUAAGAAUGCUAGAUCAACCUUACAUGACAGAUUUAAUUGAAGCAAAUUCCAUGGGACACGAACCAAAUUUGAUAGACAUAUACAGCGCUAGUUGGGGACCUACAGACGAUGGAAAAACCGUAGACGGUCCCAGGAAUGCUACAAUGAGAGCCAUAGUUCGUGGAGUGAACGAGGGUAGGAGAGGUUUGGGUAAUAUUUACGUGUGGGCAUCGGGUGACGGCGGAGAAGACGACGAUUGCAAUUGCGACGGUUACGCCGCUAGUAUGUGGACCAUAUCGAUUAAUUCGGCGAUCAACAAUGGAGAAAAUGCUCAUUACGACGAGUCGUGUUCUUCCACUUUAGCUUCGACUUUCAGUAAUGGAGCCAAAGAUCCUCAUACCGGUGUGGCUACUACCGACCUUUAUGGAAAAUGCACUCGAACACAUUCGGGAACAUCGGCUGCUGCACCAGAAGCUGCUGGAAUAUUUGCAUUAGCUCUAGAGGCGAACCCGAGUUUGACGUGGAGAGACAUACAACAUUUGACAGUUCUGACGUCAAAGAGGAAUUCUUUAUACGAUAGUAAAGGAAGAUUUCACUGGAAUAUGAAUGGUGUUGGAUUAGAGUUCAAUCAUCUUUUCGGAUUUGGGGUGUUAGAUGGUGGAGCCAUCGUAGCUCUGGCUAGUAUUUGGAAAACUGUACCAGCUCGAUACCAUUGCGAAGCGGGUACCAUCAACAAUCUCCACUCUAUACCAAGCAACCACAGCCUGAUUCUUCGCAUCGAAACAAAUGCGUGUAGAAACACGGACACGGAAAUUAAUUACAUUGAACACGUUCAGGCCGUAAUUACCUUAAAUGCUACAAGAAGGGGAGAUGUGACAAUUUUUCUUAUUUCGCCAAUGGGAACAAGAUCGAUGAUAUUGAGUAGAAGACCAAACGACGACGAUAAAUACGAUGGAUUUACAAAAUGGCCCUUUAUGACGACACACACGUGGGGCGAAAAUCCCGUUGGGGUUUGGAGCCUGGAAGUAAAGUUCGAUAGCCAACUUCAACAGUCUGGUUAUUUAAAAGAAUGGGCUUUGAUGAUCCACGGGACACGUGAUCCACCCUAUCACGACUUACCCGUUAAAGACGAAAACUCUAAGUUAGCCAUUGUUAAAAAGGCUCACGAGGCAGCGAGGCGUUCAGCCUAAUGUCUCUUCUCAUCGGUGGUCAUCUUGUUAGAGAUUUAUUAUUUAUUUCUUUUCUUUCAGGGGGGACGAUAUUAUAUAAAUAUAUAUAUAUACAUACAUACAAUAAAAGAGAACAGAUAUCAAAAUCGGAAUUUCGAAAUUUUUACGAAAUGUUCCUUCGUAAACCUUUCGAAAAUGAGAUAUUUUGUUCCUUUUUUAUGGGUUUAUCCGCGGAUUGUAAUCCAGUAAUUGUAAGAGGUUACUCAAAAGUAACAUAAAAAGAAACCAAACCUCGCGGAUUACAAAAGGGAAAACAGCCAUUAGGCCAAAAUUUAUUUAUUUAUUUAUUUAUUUUCCUUUUAUUUAUGUAAUAAAUAUAAUUUAUUAAAAUGUAUAAUCUGU